UGACAUUCAGUAAGGGGCGUGGCCUAUGCUCUGCCAGAGAGGGGCGUGGUCGAGAGGAGCCGCGGCCCCGGUGCCGCUGCGGCCGUUGCCGAGGCGCCAGCCAAUGGGCGGGCACGUUGCUGCGAGGCGGCAGCCAAUGGCCGCGCGCCUUGCUGUUGCCGGGCUGCCCGUACCGGCCGUGCCGCGGCCGUCCCGGGGCGAUGCCGGUCCCGGCCCUGCCGGGCCAUGGAGAUCCGCUGCGGGGGUCUCCUCUUCAGCUCCCGCUUCGACUCGGGCAACCUGGCACAUGUAGAACAGGUGCGGCCUACAGAGCCGGGAGGCGGCCCCGCCGCCCGGGCCAACGCUCUGCCCGCCGCCGACUACGAGUUCAACGUGUGGACGCGGCCCGACUGCGCGCACACGGAGUAUGAGAACGGCAACAGGUCCUGGUUCUACUUCAGCGUGCGCGGGGGAGCCCCGGGCAAGCUGAUCAAGCUGCACAUCCUGAACAUGAACAAGCAGAGCCGGCUGUACGCGCAGGGCAUGACCCCCUUCGUGCGCACGCUGCCCGUGCGGCCGCGCUGGGAGCGCAUCCGGCAGCGCCCCAGCUUCCCGGUGGUGGAGGCGCAGUUCGUGCUGUCCUUCGUGCACCGCUUCCUGGAGCACCGCGGGGCCACCACCUACUUUGCCUUCUGCUACCCCUUCUCCUACACGGAGUGCCAGGACAUGCUGGCACAGCUGGACGGCCGCUUCCAGGACUGCAGGCACAUGUCCCCCAGCAGCCCCCUCGACUCGGUCUAUUACCACCGGGAGCUGCUCUGCCACUCUCUGGACAAGCUGCGUGUGGACCUGCUGACCAUCACCUCGUGCCAUGGCAUGCAGGAGAAGCGGGAGCCCCGGCUGGACAAGCUUUUCCCAGACACCAGCACACCCCGGCCUCACUGCUUCACUGGAAAGAGGGUGUUCUUCCUCAGCAGCAGAGUCCACCCAGGAGAAACCCCCUCCAGCUUUGUCUUCAACGGCUUCCUGGACUUCAUCCUGCGGGAGGAGGAUCCCCGUGCCCAGAUGCUGCGGCGCAUGUUCGUGUUCAAGCUCAUCCCCAUGCUGAACCCCGACGGGGUGCUGCGGGGCCACUACCGGACCGACUCGCGCGGGGUGAACCUGAACCGGCAGUACCUGCACCCCGACGCCGAGCUGCACCCCGCCGUGUACGGCGCCAAGGCCGUGCUGCUCUACCACCACGUCCACAGCCGCGUCCUGCCCGGCUCUCCGGACUGGAGGACGUUUGUCUCCCCUCUCAGCACCAGCUCGCUGAGCUUAAAAUCUCCCAACUGUCCCAUCCCAGCCGUGGAGACCGCAUUAUCGGAGCUGGACAAAACCAACAACCUCCGCAACUCCCCCGGCACCUGGCGUGCCGGCGCCCGCUCCGGCCUGGCUGGCAGCGGCCCCAGGACGCCGGCGCAGGAUGCCCAGCUGUCAGACAGCACGGAGCCGGCCGCCUGGAUCCUCCCGUCCAGCCAGGGCAGCGAGCGCUGUGAGGAGGGGCCGUGGGCGCCUGCUGCAGCCCCCGCGGCUGCCGAGCCCGCAGAGCCCAUUGCACCCCGGGACAGCGGCCUGGCCUACUACGUGGACCUGCACGGGCACGCCUCCAAGCGCGGCUGCUUCAUGUACGGCAACAGCUUCAGCGACGAGAACGACCAGGUGGAGAACAUGCUGUUCCCCAAACUCAUCUCCCUGAACUGCCCUCACUUUGACUUCACGGGCUGCAACUUCUCGGAGAAGAACAUGUACGCCCGGGACAAGCGGGACGGGCAGUCCAAGGAGGGCAGCGGGCGCGUGGCCGUCUACAAGGCCCUGGGCAUCAUCCACAGCUACACCCUGGAGUGCAACUACAACACGGGGCGCUCGGUGAACAGCAUCCCGGGGGCCUGCCACGACAACGGCCGUGCCAGCCCCCCGCCGCCGCCCGCCUUCCCCUCCCGGUACACCGUGGAGCUCUUCGAGCAGGUGGGCCGGGCGGUGGCGGUGGCGGCCCUGGACAUGGCCGACUGCAACCCCUGGCCGCGGAUCGUGCUCUCGGAGCACGCCUGCCUGGGCAACCUGCGCGCCUGGAUGCUGAAGCACGUGCGGGGGCUGCGCGGCACCAGCGGGGGCCCGCGGAGGAGAGGAGGUGCCGGGACCCCCCCCAGGAGCUCCACCGGGCUGCCCACCUCGGCCUCUGACAACGCACUGGCCCGUGCCAGGAGCUUCAGCAACGGCACCAGUGGCAGCGGGGGCAGCCAGCAGGACUCCCCCCGGAUCCGGGCCUCCCCCAGCUUCACCUUUGGCAGCCCCAGGCCCCCGGCCGCCGCCGCGGCCUCCCAGAGCCCCGUGAGUGGCGGCAGCACCCCGGCCCUGGGCAGAGGGACCGUGCCCAAGGGCGCCCGGGCAGCGCCGAGCACCGGCCACAGACCGCGGGAGGCACAGCGAGGCGCGCAGGGGCUCCAGGACACGGCACCUCUGCAGGUACCACAGGCACCAGGGAGGGCACCUGGGCUGCAGCACGGCCGGGGAUGGGAAGGGGCUGCCCCAUGGCUCUGCCGGGUGGGCCGCCCCAAACACUGGGAAUCCCUCAGGGGCUGGGAGCCCCCCCAGCUGUGGGGCUCUGCCAGAUAUUUCUGUCCCACACACCUUUCCCUGAGACACAGUGAAAGCCCAGGGACAAGCACCUGGCACUGAUCCUCCUCCUCCCUCUGCACAGGUGCUCCCAAUGAAGCUGAACGCCCGCAGAGCCCCAGACAGGCCUGGGUAGGUGCUGCUGCCAUUUGGGGUGCGGGCUCACCUCAGAGCCCUGCCAGGCAGGCAGAGCUGGGUACCAGACACCCGGGCAGGGGGCUCUGUGCCCCGCUGACACCGCUCUCUGUCCCACAGGGCUCUGCCCGGCGCCCCCCGCGAGGGUGCCGAGCACCGACGGACCCUUCCCGUGCUGAGCGCUCCCGUAUCCCGAGCACCGGCCCCGCCGUACCGGGCAGCAGCGGCGCCGGCGGGGCUCCUGCGGCCCUGCUCCGCGCCG